UUUCAUGCCCUCAAUCAAAUAAAUGAACGAGGGUUUUAACGUACUCUCCAAAGAGGGGAGGGAAAAUUGCCAUGUGAUUAUGUGAAGAAGUGCUUCUCUUAAAAGUUCUUUGCAAAUGAGUGGUUCUUCCUUUGGGGGGAUAUAUCCGGGAGCUCCUUUAAAAAGCCGUUAUUUUCCUCAUGUUGGCGGGCUUCUUCCUUUCUUUCUUUUCCCAUCUCUGCUUCAGAAUUAGGAUUAGUUACUGAGAUCUCCACAUCCUAUCUUUCUUUCUCCAUUCUUGGAAUCCAUGGGGUCAUCCGAGCAGGAGUUGUCCUGGAAAAUGAACCAAAGAGAUCCAAGAAAGGCUCUAAAACGCUUCAAUUCGUUCCUCACCAAACGCCACUUUCUCCAUCCUCCAGACCACGACCUCGUUGUAAGGAUAGUUUCGAAACCACUACCUGAUCUCGGCGAAAGAAUUGCGGCAGAUGUUCCUUUAGAGCCUGAAGCAGAGGGAUCAAUUAUCACCAAGAGUGCUGAUGGUGGGGAAGGGGUGGCCAGAGAUGAUGCACCGAAGCCUGAAGAAGAGGAAACGAGCAUUGUCAAGAACGCUGACGGUGGGCAAGAUAUUGCUGCCGAAGCUGCUGUGAAGCUUGAAGCAGAGGGAUCGAGUGUUUUCAGGAACACUGAUGGUGGAGAAGACGUUGCUGCAGAAUGUUCUUUGAAUACAGAAGCAGAGGGAUCGAGCAUCUUUAAGAAUGGUGAUGUCAAUUCUCUGCAACGUGAUGACAGUGAAGGCAUCCUGGCAGAAGAUACUCAGAAGCUGGAAGAAGAAGGAUCGGGUCUUGUGGAGAACGUUGAUGAUGGUGGAGAAGGCAAUGCCGCAGAAAAUUCUCUGAAGUCAGAAGCAGAGAGAUUGAGUAUCAUCAAGAAUAGUGAUACAAAUUUUCUGCAACCUGGUAAGACAGAAGGCAUCCCAGACAGAGAUACUCUGAAGCAUGAAGCAGAGGAAUCAAGUGUCAUCAAGAACAGUGAGAGUUUAUAUCUGAACUACUUUGCAAGCUGGAUUAUUUCUUCUGCUCCCAACAUCAAUGAGGAUUUGACAAUUUCAUUUCACUGAUUUCAGUAAUCUUUCAACGAUUCUAAUGUGCCUUUAAUAUGAUCUUUAUGGUGGGCUAUAUAGUUUUUAUCUGUUCCCAAGCAGACAUACUGUUCUUCUUUAGAUGAGUACUUAUAUCUCAAUUACUAUUCUUUUUUGGGUGAUUCGAUUGAUGCAUUUCUUUUCAUUUCCUUAAUUGGAAACAAUUUGUAUGAGUUAGGAAGUGAUUGUGGUAGACAUGCAGAUAAAAAGGAACAAGUGACAAGCUUUCAAGAAAACUUGCUUUUGUUUUGUGAUUUAUUUUCCAAGCUUAAGUCCAUUAAUAUUUAAGUCUGGCCAUUCUGUGGAUCUUUUUCUUGUUCAAUUAUUUCAAUUACGCCUUUCUUUUGCCUGUUUUGGGAUAGAUUAACUAGAUUGGUUUCCUCAGUUGGUUGUGGAUAAUCUUGAGGCAUUUGAUAUAAUGCUGUCAGCUUCCUGAGUGUUUAUUUCUUCGAGUGAUUUAGUAGUUGCUUUCUUUUGCUUUAAAAGAAUUAUAUCAGUAAGGUAAUGGAUCUAGUAUAUGUGCAGAUACCAAGAAAGAAAUAAUUGAAGGGAAUGGAUAUGAUCGUUGAAUAAUUUUUGUGAUAAUCAUCACAAUAUUGGAAGAGAGACUAAAUGAGUAAACCUUGUGAAAUAUCUGGAAUGCUAUGAAACAAGAAGGUAAUGGAAGUGAGAGAAGAAUGUAUUCCCUCAGAAAAAGAUAGAAGAACUUGGGAAACAUAUGGGCCAUCAUACAUCAUUCCAAUCUUUCAUUUCUUCCUGAUUAUCCAUGCUGCAUUCAUUCUACUUAGAUUGGUGCAUAUUUGCAUGACUACAUUUCGUUUAUGCAUCGCAG